AUGAAUCUAAAUUACACUUGGGAGAACAGCAAGAUAACAUUCGAUCACGUUGGUGUUGCUUAUCUGGCGUUGUUCCAAGUCGCGACCUUCGAGGGCUGGAUGGAAGUAAUGGAAGACGCGGUUGAUGCAAGGGGCGUCGACCUUCAACCUCAAAGGGAAGCUAAUCUAUGGGCUUACGUAUACUUUGUUAUUUUCAUCGUAUGCGGCUCAUUCUUUACUCUUAAUCUAUUCAUCGGAGUUAUCAUUGAUAAUUUUAAUAUGCUUAAAAAAAAGAAAUCACAAUACAUAUAA